AUGCCAUCUCAGCUGGCGGUCUGCAGGAUACCGUCAGCCUUCAACUCUGCCAACGCUCAUAAGAUCUUUGAACCACCAGUGGUAUUCCAAGGGGCAUUGGAGCGAUGCGAGCGUGGCAGUACAGACGGAGACAUUCUUGCUUUCAUCAACGGGCUAGAGGCGAGGCUGAAACUCAUUGAUGGCGGGAAUCAUGUGGCUGCUCAUAUCCAUCAUAUGGGAAUUCGGUAUGCAUGCUCUGCCUUAUCUGAGCCCUCUUUGCGCCAUCAUUUACAGAGUUACCUCGCCGCUGGUGGUAAAACGCUUGGGCUAUAUGAAAGCCUUGCCUUGGUGGAGCGGCUUCUGUCGGCCCUCCAGACUCUGUCAUUUCAAGAUCCAAAGCGCGACGUAAGCGGCCUGCUUCGCCUAGUUACUGGGGAGGCCGGUCCUGAAAGUCCGAGCCUGCAUAGAAUACUCUUUUGGGCGAGAAACGACGUUAGUCCCAUGAGCGUGGGAGGAUAUCUGUCUCUGCUCGUCAGAGCUAAAGACGACACCAUUCGCCAUAAGAUAUGGAACGAAUAUCUGCAACGCACCGUUCGCAACCGAUCUCCCAUCUUUCGGGAAUACCAGUCCGCAUACGUUUAUGCUAUGUCUCUGGUGGAUGCUGGCGACUCACCGGGGGCUGUAAGUGCUCUGAAGCAAGUGUCAGUACUUGCAAGGAAUGACUUGCCUGGUAUAUCACAUUUCGAGCGCGUAAGGGAUCUUCUAGAGGAUGAUGCCAUAAAGGAGGUGUUAAGCCAGAUCGUCAGUGAACGGGAGUAUGCAAAAAUCUUAGAUAUCAAGUUAAGUGAUAUCGAGCAAAGGCUUGGGAUCACUUGGCUUAAUGAUCUAGAACCGGACGAAUCCCUCCACCUUGGGCUUUCCGACAACCGCGCUGCUAGUGACCAGCCAAUAUUUGAUAUGGACGGAGAUAGUUCUGGUUAUGAAAGCCCUGAAAGGCUGGUUGCAGAAAUCCGGGCUCAUGGGAAUUCCAAAUCCAUUGCCGACUAUUGUAAGAUUGCCGACCUGUUGGACGACUAUGAGGGGAGUUUGAUACCUAUCUCCAUCGAAUCCUGGCCAACGUCGGAUACAAAGUUCUAUUGGACACCACAACGUUCACCGCUGGAACUCGGCAAGGCUAUUUCCGUAUCUGACUAUUCUCAGGACGUUUUGCUCUCGAAAGUAGGGUUGGCCAGAGUCAUUGCAAGUAAAGAAGAGAGUCCGUACGCCCUUGUACAAACUCUGCACUUGAUCCAGCUUGGCUACCUCCUCGCAGAGCGGCCAAGGUCCUCUGAGGAGGGUUCCGACGUUUCACCUCGACUGGAAGAAACAGGGUACUUAGUGGCGUGGGACCGUGCUUAUGCUAGAAUGCUGGUUGUUUUCGCAGGGACAUGUCGCGGGCCAGUUGAUGCUGCUAUUGAGUUCGGGGACAUCUCCGAACCUUCUGCUGUCAGGGCAAUCGCGAGGGUUGAACCUCUGAACAAUGCGUGGGCAGUUGGACCGAAGACCCGCAUCUUCAGGUAUCGCCUAGAACAGGAUCCCAGUCCAGACCUAUUCCUCAACAUGCAGACAUAGAAGGAUACCGCACAAAAGCGGCCGGCAAUCACGCCGAUAUGACACGCAUCUAUGUGAAGACACAGCAGCUGAACUAGCCUGGUCCUACGCAGACUCUAGAAUCACUACAGUCCUCGAAUGGCAUAGAAUUUGUGAGUC